AUGUCAGGGAUACUCGAUGUCCCAGGCAGCUCGGGUGUCGUGCCCAUAACUCUAUCUAUGAGAGGAGUGAACCAACAAGAGCUUUACGCGAGCCUUGGGUUCCAUGGAAAUCGCUUCAUUCACCCAUCAAGUGAAAUAUGCAUGAGUUUCACCUCUCUCCGUGACUCCCGAACUGGUCUCCAGCAAGUCGCCCUCAUCAUAACCCUUCACCUUCAACCAUCAAAGAGAUCACCGCCAAGCUUGGAUCUCAUCGCAACAGAGACCAAGGCCAGUGUCCAGAUCAAGCAAGUUCAUCUGACAAGCUCCGCGAAUGGUCAGGGGAUGAAUGUGGACUGUCUAUGA